UUUAUUUUCCGGAGUCUCGCAAAAGGUUCCGGCGCCCUCUGCCCCUAACCAAGAUGGCCGCCCAGGAAACUCGGGGCACGUGGGACAUGGCGGCGCUUCCGGUCCCAGUGCCCUCAGUGAAGAUGGCGGCAGUGGAGAAGCGGCGGCCGGCGGUAGCACCGGCGGCCAGUUUCACGGACAACGGCCGGCCGUCGGUGUCCAGGGCGCAAGCGGCCGCCGAGAAUGAGGAGGACUUCCUGCGGCAGGUCGGCGUGACCGAGAUGCUGCGCGCGGCCCUGCUAAAGGUUCUGGAGGCGCGGCCCGAGGAGCCCAUCGCCUUUCUGGCGCACUACUUCGAGAACAUGGGCCUGCGCUCUCCGGCAAGCGGCGGCGCCGGAGAACCCCCGGGACAGCUCCUGCUGCAGCAGCAGCGCCUGGGUCGCGCGCUGUGGCACCUUCGCCUGGCUCACCAUUCACAGAGGACAGCCUUCAACAACAAUGUCAGCGUGGCCUACGAGUGCCUGAGUGCCGGCGGCCGCAGGAAGAGGCCUGGGCUGGAUGGCCGCACCUACAGCGAGCUGCUGAAGCGCAUCUGCAGGGAUGGAGAGGCCCCGGAGGAGGUGGUGGCCCCACUGCUGCGCAAGAUCCAGUGCCGCGACCAUGAGGCGGUGCCGCGGGGCGUCUUCCGGGCAGGCAUGCUGACCUGCUUUGUGCUGCUGGACUUCGUGGCCCGGGCAGGAGCCCUCUUCCGGCUUCUUGAGGCCCCAGGCCUGGCAGUGGCUGACCGCCGUGUGGGCCAGGCCGUUCUGGACACCCUUGAGGGGGCCCUGGGGGCUGGUGACCACACUGCUGUGCCUGCAUGCUACCUGGAGGCCGGCUCGCGCCUGGGACCCGACAGCCUGGCGCUGGCCCUGGACCGUGCAGCGACCGGCCGGAGGCCCAGCUCCCCCAUGUCCCGAGAGGAGUUCCUGGAGAAGGCAGCCGCCCUCUUCAUCGCCAAGGUCAAGCCAGUGGGCUGAGCCUGCUCCUGGGACUGGCCCAGGACAGAGCAUUCCCACCCCUGCACUAGGACAGGGCCACCAGGACACUGCACCCCCACAGCUGUGCACCCACACUCAUAAGCCCAGCUCAGCUGAAAUAAAGUCUGUGGAGGCCUGUGUGCAU